AUGGCUCGGACUCAAAAAAACAAGGCCACAUCGUACCAUCUCGGCCAGCUCAAAGCAAAACUCGCCAAGCUCAAGCGCGAGCUUCUCACUCCAUCGAGCAGCGGUGGCGGCGGCGGCGCGGGUUUCGAUGUCGCCAGGACCGGUGUUGCUAGUAUUGGCUUUAUCGGCUUCCCCUCGGUGGGCAAGAGCACUCUCAUGAGCAAGCUCACAGGCCAGCACUCCGAAGCCGCCGCAUACGAAUUCACGACUCUCACGAGUGUGCCCGGCCAGGUCGUCUACAACGGCGCCCCACUGCAGAUGAUUGAUCUGCCCGGCAUUAUCGAAGGCGCAAAGGACGGACGCGGACGAGGUCGCCAGGUUAUCGCCGUCGCCAAGACUUGCCACUUGAUCUUCAUCGUCCUCGACGUCAACAAGCCCCUCACAGACAAGCGCGUCAUCGAGUCGGAACUCGAGGGCUUCGGCAUCCGCAUCAACAAGCAGCCGCCCAAUAUCACCUUCAGGAAGAAAGACAAGGGCGGCCUAAACAUCACCCAUACCGUCCCACUGACCCAUAUCGAUACGGACGAGAUCCGCGCUGUUAUGAGCGAGUACAAGAUCAACUCGGCUGAUAUUGCAAUCCGGUGCGAUGCCACCAUCGACGAUCUGAUUGACAUUCUGGAAGCCAAGAGCCGCAGCUACAUUCCUGUGGUCUAUGUUCUCAACAAGAUUGACAGCAUCAGUAUCGAGGAGCUAGACCUGCUAUACCGAAUUCCUAAUUCGGUGCCCAUAAGUUCCGAACACGGGUGGAACUUGGAUGAGCUGAUGGAGUCCAUGUGGGACCACUUAAAUUUAGUCAGGGUCUACACAAAACCCAAAGGAAAGAUGCCUGAUUACUCGGCCCCCGUCGUGCUCCGUUCGAACAAAUCUACUGUUGAAGACUUUUGCAAUGCCAUUCACCGAACCAUCGUUGAUAAUUUCAAGUCUGCAAUUGUUUACGGCAAGUCGGUCAAGCACCAGCCGCAACGUGUGGGUCUAAGCCACGUGCUAGCCGACGAAGACAUUGGUAUGUUGAACAGAACCCGCUGCUCCUUUUACACGAUCCUGCCAUCGUGUUACUGA